UUCAUUGGCUAAAAUCCAUGUCAUUCAUUUCCACCAACACAAACCACGCCCCUGGCUGUUUUCAUUUCCGCUUGUGUUUCAGUUGCUUUGUCGUAGUAGAAACGGCUAGAAACUUGUCAUAGUGUAAAUAAGAGUCUCAAAUAGUGCAUAACUAAAGCGAUAGAGGGGGUUCAUCCCCUCAUAGACAUUUUACAGUUACGUUUAAAUCAAACAGAUAUCGUGUCAGGUCAGUUUUCCACUUUUUUUAACCUUUGUUUGCUGCUGAAAGAAACGUUCCGCUUUAGCAUGUUGUCCUGAGGAUGGAGUGCACUGACAGCGAGGACGACGUUUCUCUCCCUUGUUUUCAUUCUGAAGUAACGUUAAAGCCUUAUAUAUAGCUUUAUUUGUUUUGUAAGCCACUAACUAAUUACAGAAGCUUGUUGUUGAAGGUGUCAACGAAUGAAAAUACAGCAAGUAACUCCGUUUGACGUUUCCGUUGGAGCCGAGUUCAAGGUCCAGCUCGGAGUAAAGAAAAACACGCUUGUUGAUUAACGUAACAUCAAACCGUUGUCAAAAUGUCAGAGUCUGCUAACAGUCGCACCAAAACGUUGAAUUUCAACGUCGGGGUGCUCGGACAUGUCGACAGCGGAAAGACAUCGCUUGCCAGGGCGCUGAGCAGCACCGCUUCCACGGCUGCCUUCGACAAGAACCCGCAGUCCCGUGAGAGAGGCAUCACGCUGGACCUCGGCUUUUCCUCCUUCACGGUGGAUCUUCCUGAUCAGCUGCAGGACAGCGGAGGCCAGCAGCAGUAUGAAAGUCUGCAGUUCACCCUUGUGGAUUGUCCGGGACACGCCUCUCUUAUUCGUACUAUCAUUGGGGGUGCCCAGAUCAUUGACCUGAUGAUGCUGGUGGUGGAUGUGGUGAAAGGGGUGCAGACUCAGACUGCAGAGUGUCUGCUGAUAGGAGAGCUCUCCUGCUCUCGCAUGGUGGUCGUCCUAAACAAAAUUGACCUACUGCCACCGAACAAAAGACAGAGUGCCAUUGAGAAAAUGACCAAGAGACUGCACAAAACUCUGGAGAACACCAGAUUUAAGGAAUGUCCAGUGAUUGCUGUGGCAGCGAAGCCUGGGGGCCCGGAGGCUGCUGACACAGAGGAGCCACAUGGAGUGCCAGAGUUAAUAGAGCUUUUGAAGAAACAGACAUACCUCCCUCAGAGAGACCCCGGUGGUGACCUCCUGAUGGCUGUUGACCAUUGCUUCUCCAUCCGUGGUCAGGGAACGGUCUUGACUGGAACCAUCCUGCAGGGGUCGCUGGCCAUCAAUGACACCGUGGAAAUCCCAGCACUAAAGGUGACCAAGAAGAUAAAGUCGGUGCAGAUGUUUCGGAAGCCAGUGUCAGGGGCCAUGCAGGGGGAUCGUGUAGGUGUGUGUGUGACGCAGUUUGACCCUAAACUGUUAGAGCGGGGUGUGGUGUGCACCCCGGGGUCCUUGCGUACCCUCUCUGCAGCUGUCAUCUCUGUGAGGAAGAUAGGCUACUUCAAGGGCUCUCUGGCCACCCGUGCCAAGUUCCACAUCACCGUGGGUCAUGAGACAGUCAUGGCGAGGGUUACCUUCUUUGGCUUGCCACCCGUGGGUGCCUCAGAGCCCCCCUCAGACACUAAACCACCUCCAUCGCAGCCCUGCUUGCUGGAUACACCCUUCACCUUCGAGAGGGAGUACUUCUACCAAGAUGAAUAUGGCACCAGUCAGGGAGAGGCGAGUCCAGCAUCUGACCCAGAGCAAUGGGCCUUGUUGGAGUUUGAGCGGCCAGUCACAUGCCCCUUACUCUGCCUGGUGAUUGGUUCAAAGCUGGACACAGACAUCCACGCCAAUGCAUGCCGGUUGGCCUUCCAAGGCCGUCUGCUCCAGGGGUUUGAAGAUAAAGCCUAUGUUGAGACUGCACUGCCUCGUCUGCGCAUCUACAAGACGAAACACAAGGAGGGCCAGGUGGAAAGGGUGACUGACGAUUACACUGUGAUUGGCCGCAACCUUUUCAAGAAGGAGACCAACCUCCAGCUCUUUGUGGGGCUGAAGGUCACACUGUCGACAGGCGAGACUGGCGUUAUCGAGGGCGGGUUUGGACAGAGCGGGAAGUUCAAGAUCCGUAUACAAGAGGGUCUUUGCCCAGAAACCAAGCAGCUGUUAUCCUCCACCUCUAAGAAGAAAGGGAAGGGUGGGAGCAAAGGCGAACCAGCAACUGAAGAGGAGCCCAAAACAGAUUCUCAGCCUGUCAGCAUUCACUUGCAUUUCAAGCGGUAUGUCUUUGAUUCCCAUAAAAAGAUGGUUCAGUCUUGACCUUUCUUGAACACACUUCAGCCUGACAUUGUGUCACUUCAGACAGGCCUGAGGGCGUUUCAGAGGUCAUGCCGAGGUGAGCUUCUGAUGGCGACAGUCUGCUGAAAUGUAAUGAUUGUGGAAUGCUGAACGCAUGUGAAACAAUUAUUUUUUACUAUCUCCCUUUAUGGAGAUGGACUUAAUCCAGUUCGCUCCAACACAAGGGGAGAAGCCGCUCUUCGGUUCCUGCUUUUCUUUUUUUUUUUAGGUGUCUUAAAGAAUCGCUACUUUUGUUCUUCUUUGUAAGUCUAAAUCAAUUCUUUUGGCUUGCAGCAAAACAGAUUUCGGUAUGUUGUUGAUUCAGCUGAGCCUGGACUGGCAUAAACACGUCAGCUAGCAAUACAGAAAUACUGAACUCACAGAUUUCAACAGAUCUCUGAACGCACUGUCUGCAUCUCGCUCCCUAGCAGGCAGUUUGUCGAGAUGCAUUUGACCCAGGAGGGCAGUUAUUCCAGUCUAGAGAUUGCUUGAGUUGAAUUGAAUACCAAUGUUUUCAGAAAGACAAAUAAAGCAAACUUAUACUGAAACUUUAUUUCUGACUGUUAUUUGAAUGUGACUUUGAGUGUGAACGUUGGUAGUGCCUAAGAAGAACAUAACGGCAAUGGAUGUAACACUUGUGUCCCAAAUUCUUUUUGCAGAACCAGCUGAAUUCAUCCGUAAUUAUGUACAAAAACCUUGUUUGUUUUUAUCAUUAUGAAGCAUUCUGCUAGCUGCAGUUUGUAUGUCCAGUACCUACGGCGGCAUAUGUACAAGAGUCAAAAGAGAUACUGUUCCUAUAUACAUAUUUUAUGCACAUUUUAAGUGAGGUUUCCAGAUGUCACACUCUGUCCAGGAUCAAUUCGAUCUAUAUACAAUCCUAGCUGUAACUAAUACGCAUAAGAAUUGUACCUACUCCUGUAGCAUACAGCUUGAAACUGCCUACUGAAUCGUAUUACGCUAGUCUGCAAAAGCAUGAUCAAUACAUGGUGUAAGACUUUGAGAUUUAGAAAAGGGAUCUUUCGUAAUUUUGUACUUUUAUGUACAUUACUGUGAUGUUGAUACUGGUUUUAAAGUUGUUUAAAAGUAAAUGAAUAAAACAUGAAUCAUCUACUGGAGUAGUGGACAUUAUCUA